GAGAAUCAGAGAAGAUAAAAUAAACAAAAAGAAAACUAGAAAAGUGAGUAAGUAGCAUAUAAUAAUAAUAUUAAAAAGAGAGAGAGAAGAAGAGAAGGUAUAGGCGAUGGCGGCGGAAUCGGGUGGUAGUACAAACUUCGAUCUUCCCGAGGAGGUGGUGCAAGUGCUACCGUCAGAUCCCUUCCAGCAACUCGACGUGGCACGCAAGAUCACCUCCAUUGCUCUAUCCACACGUGUCAAUGCCCUAGAAUCAGACCUCUCCACACUUCGCGCCCAGAUCUCUGAGAAGGAUGACCUCAUCGCCGACCUUCAAUCUCAGCUCCACUCUCUCCACGCCUCACUCUCCGAAACCGCCGACAAACUCCUCCGCGCUCAACAGGAUAAGGAGAGCUUGCUCAAGGAGAAUGAUUCGCUUUCCAACACCGUCAAAAAGCUCAAUCGCGAUGUCUCCAAGUUAGAGGUUUUCAGAAAGACGCUUAUGCAAUCACUUAAGGAGGAUGAUGAUAAUUCUGGAGGAACCGCAGACAUUGUUGCUAAAAUACAGAGUCAAUCAAGUUUGACUUCCACGUCGCAGUUUGGAGAUAACGAUGCUUCAUUGCCACCUUCUAUAUCUUCUUCAACAGGAAAUUAUUUUGCUGAGGAUCAGGAAUCUGAUGCCAUAAGACCUAGAGUACCACAGAAUCUCAUCUUAGCAUCUCAAACUUCCACCCCUCGGAUUACUCCCCCUGGUUCUCCUCCUAGUUUAUCUGCAUCAGUAUCACCUACGAGAACAUCUAAACCUGUAUCUCCAAGGCGACAUUCAAUUUCCUUUUCAACCACGAGAGGCAUGUAUGAUGACAGGUCUUCCGUGUUUGCCUCGAUAUCAACCAAUGACCCUGGAACAGGAUCACAAACUGGACGAACACGGGUGGAUGGGAAGGAGUUCUUUCGGCAAGUCAGGAACCGUUUGUCUUACGAGCAAUUUGGUGCAUUCUUGGCAAAUGUUAAAGAACUGAAUUCCCAUAAUCAAACAAAAGAGGAGACGCUACGGAAAGCUGAUGAAAUUUUUGGGCCUGAAAACAAGGAUCUGUACACUAUAUUUGAGGGUUUGAUUAAUCGCAAUGUCCAUUGACAUUGUGCCCGGGGGAGUUUUAUUCCAAGUAUGUAAUAACGGAUACUAUCGUCUCCUUAUAGCAACUCCUUUUUUCUCCCCUUUUGUAUAUGAAAUUAUCACAUUGAUUAUUACCUGAUAAAUAAUUUUUUAAACAUGUAAUUUAAUUUGGGCGAAUGGCAUUCUUGAUAGGAGGACCAACAAGGUUGCAUAAUUGUAGUGGGGAUGGGGUGUAUACUGUAAUUUUAAUAUUCAAUGCCAAGCAUAGCGUAAUCUAUCUUCCUUUUCUGGAAA